AGAGGGUGUUUUAACUAGAAACGUUAAAAAAAACUACAACUACCAAAAGCUUGCGACUCCUCGCUUGAAUUACGUCAUCAAAUCGCGCCAAAAACGACCAAACGGAAAAAGUGUCAACGACACACGGCGUUUUCAGAGAGUUUGGUGGAUGUGGUUAUGAGCAGUGCCAUGGCUGGCUCCACCGCCUCCAGUUCUAAAGACCGUCCAGUUUCCAGGACCAGUUUCAUUCCAGAGCUACAGAGCAUGAUGUUUGCUCUGGGAGACGCUCGCAGGCCCCUGCAUGAGACAGCAGCUCUGGUGGAGGACAUUGUGCACACACAGCUCAUCACUAUGCUGCAUCAGGCCUGCGAGGGGGCGGCUCUCCGCGGGUCGAGGGUCAUUUCAGCCGAGGACAUCCUGUUCCUGAUGAGGAGGGACAAGAGGAAGGUGAUGAGGUUAUUAAAAUAUCUCCAGUUUAGAGAUUACAAAUCCAAACUACUCAAAACUAUAGAGGAUGAAGAUGCAGAAACAGGGGCUGCCGGUGGUAACCAGCGGAGGCAGAGACUGGCUCAGGAUUUUCUCGUGUGGAUGGAUCAGACCGGGGACCUCCUGUCAUUGGCUGAGCGGCAGGACGUAGACCCCAUCAAACAAGAGCGGUUGGAGCGUUUAGAGCGUCAGACUCGAGCUAUGGACCAGGCUCAGUACUCUGAGUUCUGUGAGAGUCGACAGCUCAGCUUUGCUAAGAAGGCGUCAAAGUUUCGAGACUGGCUGGACUGCAGCAGUUUAGAGCUGAAACCCAACAGCAUGGCCAUGGAGAUCCUAUCGUAUCUGGCCUAUGAGACUGUUGCUCAGAUUGUGGAUUUGUCUCUGUUGGUAAAGCAGGAAAUGACCGCAAAAACCAAUCCCAUCAGUCAUGUGAUCUCUGCCAGCUACAUCCACUACAACACUCACGCUGAGGUAAAGAAGGAUCCAGACUCACCUGAAGCCACUCCCCCUUCCACACCAGGCUCCUCCCACUCUUCAAAGCCCCUCCUACAGGGUAACGGCAGUCUGGACGGCCGAGCGAGACAGAGGAAACGCAAAAAGAGCUGUCCAGCCACAGUGGAACCUCCAAGCGGAGCCAUCCAGCCCUGUCACAUCAGAGAGGCUAUUAGACGAUACAACUACAGACACACAAGUGCUUAUUCGAGAAGCGGGAUGGCCUUCCUCGCCUGUUGAAGAUGCUACGCAUUCCUACAAGUACCUGCACAAAUUAUUUUUUUGUUAUGUUGUUAUGGUAAAGACUUUUCGGUAAGCUUGUGUUUGUAUUUCUGACAGAUUGGCUCAUAUACUUUAAGAUUAAACAGUUUGCACCUGG